AUGGAAUCAUUCAUAUUUUCCAUACUUUUAUUGGUGGAAAAAUUUUAUUUCGCAGAGAAUGUUGUUUGUAUCCCACCAUCAAUACCAACGAAAGAUAAGCAAGGUGUCGAUUGUUGUAAGCUACCCCCGGAAAUAUUCCCGCAUAGAACGAUCUAUGAAGAAUUUUGUAGCGCAGUUUAUUUCGGUACCAUGGCAAAUGGUACCGAUGGUCAAUUUUGUCGAUUGAGUAGUUCUCAAGCAAAACGUAUUUUCUUUUGCAACUAUUCUGGUUUACUCUUUUACCUUAUCUUAUCAUAUCAAUUGAUAAGUGGUAUUAAUUAA